ACAGGAAAUAGAGAACUGGCCAAUUGCAUGGCUGAUUUCUAAAUUGCGGUGAUCAUUGCGCUGCAUACACCAAUCACGGACAUGAUGACGUUUUGUACUUGCAUGCCCGCCCAGCUGUUUUUUGUUUGCUACGAAACAGUAAACACAUCCGAAGCUUGUUUUGGUUAGUGAACUUGUAAGUUGAAAAUUUUUGGGACGUGAGAAUGGUGAACGGAGUUCGUUAUUUCAGAAGGCAAGCAAAAUGAAAAAUAACUUCUUGUGACGUACAUUGGCUGGAGCACGAUGGUGCACAAAAAAUCUGAAUACAGACUGCAGUUUCACCUUCUUGCAAACGAUCUCAGGAAGCAGAUAUGGCUGGACAAUCUGAAGUUCAGGGAGUCAUGUCGCUUGACGAAUCAGUCCCACCACUAUUGGUCAUACCAGGUGACUGAGGAUCCUUGUGAAUGUGACACACUGGCUGUGGCAGAAGAUGAAGAGGAUGUUGCUCCACUACCUCCACACAGAUUGAAGCAUAAGUUUUUGUUGUCUAUGUACGGUUCAGAGAAGUCAGCUGAGAAAGGUUUAUUAGUUCCUGGGGCACAACUGGCACCUCAUAGUGUUGAGCUUAAACAGCAGCAAGCAGUACACGCAGAGUCCAGUGCCGAAGUUGCGAAUAAAGGAGAGGAAAUACUAGACAGAAUACCGGAAAAAGAUGUGGAUGUCAUGGACUCAACAGUUCCUCAAGACGCCUCUGCUGAAGCAGCGGAAGAUCAUGUAAGAGUCGAACCCAGCGCCCCACCCUUAUCCCCUUGCUCUCCUGUUCCAGAACCUCCCACAACCAUGGCUAACACACUUAACCAACCUUGGCAACCAGCUCCAAGUCCUCAGUUCCGCCCGUUCCAGCCCAGCUCGUCAGCAGCGCAGGGUUACCAAUCUGCCAGCAAGAACCGUCGACCGAGCCCGCACCAUCAGGACCCUCCGCCAGCGGCGAGAGGCGCACGGAAGACGUCAUCGGACAUCACGGGUCGCCAGCUCAGCCCCAUCCGAGUGUCCUUCCCGACGCCCGCGGUGGACUACACGAUGGUGCAACGGGUGCCUCCGCGCUCCGUCACCCCCUCCAGGAGGUCCCAGGGGUCGACGGAACAGCCCAGCCCGUCCUGCCUCUCACACCCCAGCAAGACUAGCAGGAGAAUGUACUCACAGGAGAGGAAAAAGUGCCCUUUCGCUGCGUUUGGGUGGAACGACACCAACAAAGAUGUAGGCCAUAAGAAAACUUACAACGUGUCUGCUCCUGAAGCUAAGGUGUAUGAAAAUGCAUUGAGAGCACUGAAAAAGCGACGUGAGGAAAUAGAAAAGUUUUUAGCAAAGGAAGCCGCACUUAAAGGACACCUUAGUGCAUGCGAUUACGGAGUGAAUCACAGCAGCAUAUGGAUGAGCGAGUACAGGGAGAAAUUCGGCGGAGGAACCUCCUCCACAUGUGCCAAGCAACUGUCGACAACUUCACCAGUUAGGCACCAUAACUCAUUGCGAUGCUACAGUUAGCAUCCACUGAUGAUUUUCCUUUCGAUGUUCAUUUGCACAUUUCCACCUAACGUUAUUCCAUUACACAUUUUCACUUACUCUAUUCUAAAACUAGUUUCACAAUAUCUAAUUACAUGCAAAAACUGGUUUCAAACAAACACUCAGUGUCAAAAGUUAUUCAUGUGCAUGUCUGGUAGGAUUUUUCCAAGUGUUUAAAAAUGUAAACAGUAAAUAGGUCAUUUGAAAAUAAUUUAUUCACACUGUACUACUACAGUGGAGGUAUCGUAUGUUAUAUGCAGUUGCUGAAUAUGUCCAUUUCCCAAAAUUUCUAAAUUAAUUCAUACGUAAUUUAAGUUGGCUGUAAUGUUCACAACACAUUCUGCACUGAACACUGUACAUCUGACAGGACACAUUAUGUGCUUUGAGCAGUAACUGAAAAAUAUAAUUUUUCACUUAGUUAUUUUAUAUUUGUACUACGUCAUGCGUAGUUCAAGCGCCAUCACAUAUGGUUCUUGAUGGUUGAUUUGAAAUCAUCAAUAAUUAAUUGACAUUAAAUAUUUUUCCCCAUCAAAUGUCUGUGAACUACCAUUUAUUAAAAUUAUUCUAUCAUGCCCAUUUGCAUUUCAAUUAUGUUUGAGCAACAGAGGUUGUAAAUAAUAUCAUUGUUUAUUUACAUGAUUCCAUAGCUUGCAUGGAUUUGAAACACUGUUAAUUUAUGCAUAAUUUUUUUUAUUGUUUUUGCAUUGGUCGGUACCAUUUAUUUCACGCAUAUUACACACUACAUAUUGAACAAGUAUUUAUGGCAUUUCUAUUUGUUCUAUCAGCUGGAAAUUGUAUAUAAAAUAUUACAUACUAUAAUGGUAUGCAAUAGCUUAUACUGAAAACAGAAUGGGGAAGAGGGGCUUUAUUUAGAAUUAACCUAUUUAAUGGGAGAGGUGGGUCCAUGUGACCAUGCAAUAAUAAAUAAUAAUAAAAGCUGGUAUGCAUUUAAUAUUUUUAUCUUUUUUUCUGUAAUGGUAAUGUACAGCACAGAUAACAAUCAUUUAACUAUUUAAAAAGACAUGAAAUACAAAAGGCUAAUUUAGCUCUGUUUUGCAUGCUACUUUUAGCCUUUGCUCAUAGUCUUUUGUCUAUUAAUGUUAUGUUGUGGACAACUGUUGACUUUUUGUUUGGCUCUGUUUUGAUUUUUUUGUAAAAAUUAAUGUAUUAUUGAUCAUAAUUUUAUAUUCAACUGAAAUCUAUAUAAUGCAUUGAGAAUUUUUUUUUAUUUCAAAGUGUGAUGGUCGAUGGACUACUCAAAACAUUUUAUCAGAUCACAGAACAUACAUUUUUAUUAUUUGACAUAGAGUGGAAACAGAAAGCCACAAAGGAAACACAAAAACCUCUAUUGCAGUUGGCUGGAAUUGAAAUUUUAAUUUUCUGUGCAUUGAGUAAGUUCCUGCAUGGCUAACUGUGUUAUUAAUGAAAUUUAAAUAAUGUUUAUCUUGUAUUUUGUUUAACGUAUAUACUAAUUUACAGGCAGUGUUGCAGAUAUUCUGCAUGCCAUAACUUUGGUGGUAUUGCCAUUUUUAUAUUGUUUAGGUCGCUCUUAAUUUUAAUGCAUUUUUCAUUCAGAUCACAGUAUUAAGCCAAAAUCAUAGUUAAGUUUUCUACAAUUUUAAGAAAAAUGUGUUUUUUUGUGAAAAUUAUUUGGUGUGAAGAGAAUGUUUUUACCACCCAGAAGUGUAAUUUUUUAAGUUUUGAAGUUAUUUUAUUGUUUGCAACUUUUGUAGUAACCCAUAACCAACCAAGGCCCAGCUAUAAAAAGAUGCUUCUUCGAAAGUUUUAUAUGAAAUACCUUUGUCACGGUAAUGAAUUAUAAUAUCAAAUGUAUUAUUUAUUUCUUAUGAAUUUGUGAAAUUAUAUUUCUUGUACACAUUUAUUUUAGAGGAUUUUAUUUUAUGUAUAUUUUGUGAUUUCAAUAAAUGUAUUUUGUGAACUGAAAGUAGAAUUUCUCUGUAACAAGGUCAUUUAUUACAUUUUUUUUAAAAUGAUUUGCAAAUAACAAAAAUGUUAACUGUUAACACUAUAUGUACAAAGCAAAUUAUAGCAGACAAUAAUUUGAGUAAUACUUUUGAUAACCCGACAUUGGUCGCGCUAUGAGUAUUUCUCUUGCACUAAAAAAUAUGGUUUUAUUUUUGAAGACGAGUUGGGACAGCCUUGUCCUCUGGUCUAUAUGAGUUUUCAUCUUUCAUUGUACAGCAACCAGAUUGGUUGUGAGGAGUGAUGUAUUGUUGACCUUGAGACAGUUCUCUGUUUACAGGAGUGUGUAGUAUGUAAGAACUUUUAUUGACGCGCGACCAGCAGUGUCCGUGAAACCGAAGGGGUUUGGUGGAGAAGAUUAUCACUGUAGGGGACACUGUAGAUUAAGUUUAUUUUAUUUAUUUAUUUUUCAUUUUCAUUGAUGCAGGAAAUAUUUCCUGAAAAUGAGAUUUGUUAAUUUUUACUUGCAAAAAUAAAACUGAAAACUACAAAAUUGUGCGCAACAUAUGAGGCACCUAUCUGUGUAAACUUGCCAAAUCUACGAAAAUAAAAAUUCUGUGUGGUUAAA